UACGGCUUCCAAACAGAAUCCCGUUGGAAGACUUAAAAAAACCCCAGUAGAUCGCCUUUCUUUCAUUGAAUCAAUUAAGUCUUGGACUAACAAUUUCUCAAUAAGACGAUGGGCACUAGAGAUGACGAAUACGAUUAUUUGUUCAAAGUGGUCCUUAUUGGUGACUCAGGUGUGGGAAAGAGUAACCUGCUGUCCCGUUUCACCCGCAAUGAGUUCAACCUGGAGAGUAAAAGCACCAUCGGAGUAGAGUUUGCCACGCGCAGCAUCCAGGUGGACGGCAAGACGGUGAAGGCCCAGAUCUGGGAUACAGCUGGCCAGGAGCGCUACCGUGCCAUCACAUCAGCGUACUACCGUGGAGCGGUGGGGGCCCUCCUGGUCUAUGACAUUGCCAAGCAUCUAACUUAUGAGAAUGUGGAGCGCUGGCUGAAGGAGCUGAGAGAUCACGCUGACAGCAACAUCGUCAUCAUGCUGGUGGGCAACAAGAGCGACCUGCGUCACCUCCGGGCUGUUCCCACAGACGAGGCGCGGGCUUUUGCUGAGAAGAAUGGUUUAUCUUUCCUGGAGACGUCAGCUCUGGACUCCACCAACGUCGAGACGGCCUUCCAGACCAUUCUGACAGAGAUCUACCGUAUCGUCUCCCAGAAGCAGAUGUCCGAGCGCCAGGAGAGCGACAUGUCCCCCAGUAACAACGUGGUCAACAUCCAAGUGCAGCCCACUGAGAACAAACCAAAGAUGCAGUGCUGUCAGAACAUCUAGCCCAGCUGUGGAUCUGCUGCUACCCCUCCUCCCCCUCUCUCCACAGUCCUCGUCUCCCUCCCUCCCCCACCCCCCCCUUCCCAGCUCACAACUCCUCAAACCCCGCCCUCAGAAAAUAGACUGCCUCGGUGUACUGUGUGGUGCGGGAGGGACGAGCCACAGAUUCUAGGCUGUGACCCGAACUCUGCACCUAUCUGUACCUGCCUCCCCCGCCCAACCCCACCCCUCCCCUGCCCCAGGUAAAUAUAUCCCAGUUUAAGAAGUCACUGCGUGAGGUGGCCCCCCCAAAGCAGAGCCCCUGUGUCGUUAGGCUACUGCAGGACAGCAGGCAGCAGGCAUUUCAUAUCACUUUAGAUUUCAUUACUGUAGAUGCGCUGACAUGUCACAAAUGUCUUAAUAUGAAUGUUUUCUUCUCUUUUCUUCAUCCUUUGUGCUCCUGUUGAUUUCUCCACAAGUUUUUAUGAUCCGUGUGUUGUAUCAUAUCUACUACUAGGUAUAUAUGAAUUUAAAGCACAUCAAAGUUGCUCUGAAGUGUAUUCCUAUAUACAAGCUUCUCCUCUGUCAUUUUAGACCCCCCCCCCCUUUAGUGCAAUGUACUGUUUUGGAAACCAUGUGGAUGUAUCGAGCACAGUGUAGACGUGUGCUCUGGUAGUGUCAUGCCAUUUGAUUGCUGUUAAUAUGACGCUAGUGAAACGUAGAAACUUUUGCUUCAGUUUGCGCAGCGGAAAGGCCGGGGGUGAGCUUGCAUGUAGCGCGCAGCCUCGCGGGCGCUGUUGUCACCGUUUGUUUACAGCAGGUGGCGGGAUCGGACCAGCUUUGCAUGUCUUUAAAAGAUGGCACUCUGCUGUGCUGCAUGUUUUAUCAGGUGAGAGACUCAACCUGGACUACAUAUGGAACACUAUCAUUGCCUUGAGGGUGUGUAAUUUUAGGCGGUCGCCGUGAAAGCUAAACACAACUCCUGUACAUUUGGAUUUUUAUGUUGUCCCACUUUAACUCUCAUAUAGAGAAAGUCAUGCUUAUACUGAGAAGGAUUUUCUGACUGAAUACACAUUAGUGCAUUGGGCUUUCCUGCUCCAACAUUAGGAGAAAUGUAUGCAUUAAUUUUUUGACGUAUUUGACUACAACUAUGCAGAAACUAGCACACGGCUGUUUGGAUUUUUGUUUUUUUAGUGCACCUCUAUAGAGAAUUAAGAAAUUAAAAAAAAAAGAAAAAACAGCAAAAGUAUGAGUAACUGCAGUAGUAUUCUCGUAUUACAUUCUUAUGAUACUCUAAUAUUAAACUCUAAACUCUCCUGUCGUCUAGCAAGUUAUGCAUCGCAUGUAACCACAGAACUGUAGUUAGGACGCACUGAGAAAGUAAGUGAAUGGAAAGUGUCUUUCACCCACUAGGUUGGAUUUCAUGAGUGUCAAACUGUUGCACUGAACCUUAAUAGUUAAUCUAGUAAACAUGCUUUCUUGUCUAGGAUUAGAUUUUUACUGCACAUUGAGAAUCUGGACCUCUUUUGUCAGAUUGGAGGAACCGUUUUUAAGGCGGUGCCACGUUUCAAGAACCAAAAUGUAAUGUUCAGCACUGCAGAACAUAGGCUGAGUCUCGAAAGUCUUUCCUUAAGUCUUCAGUACUCCAGUGGACAGAAAAGUUUCUCCUCUGUUCAGGUUCAAACACAAGAAAUCAAGGAAAAACUUGAGGGAUUCAGCCACAUUCUUGCUAACUUCUGGUCACAGUGCCUCCUUCACCAUGCAUACCUGUCCGAAAACACCUCAUUCACCUGCUAACAACUCACCAUCGCACCCGCCGCCUCCUCCUUAACCAAUAACCUUGCUUUGUCUGUCCUUAAAGGAGACAGACAGCUGUGUUGUCCCCGUCACGUAAAGCCUACGUACACCGAGCUGCCUCUGACUUCAACACAAUGCAUGGCUUUCUGUACGACUGCACCUCCGUGUCGUAUCGCCUUAUGUAGCUAACAUUGUCAUUACUGUCCAUGAAAUCUGCUGAGGGUAAGGCUUGGCUAGCUAGGAUGACAUGCUUAACAAGCUAAUUGUUGUGACCAGUCCAGUCUGUAAACUGACAGAUGCCUCGCUAACAAUCUACUUGCUGAAACUUUCGAGUGUGUGUCCUGUUGAAUUUCCAGGUUAUAGCCGUGUCAGUGUGUGAUGGUGUUAGCAGACAUAUACAAUGCCUAAACUUAGUGUGUGUGCGCGUGUGUGUGUGUUUAGAGGCAGAGGGUAGAUUGGUAGCUCUGGAGUGAGUGAGCUUGGCUGGCAGUGCCAAUGGCGUUUUUGUUCGAACAGACGGCGCCGCCAGCCGAACCUCUCCACACUCACUAGCUGGCAAUCUGUGGACAAAGUGAUGUUUUUUCUUUUCUGAAUAUAUGAUUUCUGAUCCUGUUUCAUGUACCUCUAUCAUUGUUCUGUAUUUUUUUUUUUUUUUAUUAAGAAAUUUCUUUUGAUUUUUUUUUUUUUUUUACUAUAUUGAAUUCUAUAACUGACUGUAAUUCCAGUGUAAACGUGUAAGAGUGAAAUGAUGUCAUUUCAAUGAAUUUGGAGGGUUAAAUGUGAGAGGGGGGUCAAAAUGAAUGGUUUUAUGUUUUGUACAGAUUGAUAAAUUGUACAAUUGUGUCUAUAUCUUAAGUUAUCAGUUCAUCUUAAUAAAGCGCACCAGUCAUAAACCUUUA